AACCGAAGAGAGGGAAAUUAAUACCUUGCAAGUGAGGGCUCACAGCUUCACGAGCGAGGUGUAGAUCCAGCUGCCAAAAUCUCAUCUCCAAAGAGUACCUUUAUCCGCUGUGAAAGCGGUAAAAUGUCGACAGAGGAUGCCAAGGCGUACCUCUCAACUCGAGAGGUACCCCGCCUAUUCGAAUGCCUGAUGACGGGGCUCAUGUUUCACCGGCCCAACGAUCACAUCCAGUACUUGAUCGAUUGUUUGGAGAAGGUGAAGGUUAAAGGGCAAGCUGAUAUGACGUGGAACAUGUUCGUAGAAGUUCGAUCGGGAAAGACUCCCCUUCCUCCCAUCACACCGGACAACGGCAAACGUCCAGUGUCGCGGGGGAGAGUCACGCCUAAAGGCGGGCCUGGCAGCGGGAAGUCUGUGCAGGCGAACAAACUGGCUGAGAAACAUCCGGGCUGGGUCAACGUCCAUCUGGGCGAGCUGCUGCGGGCGGAGAUCGGGAACAGAGGCGCGGACGAGAAGUGGAAGAUGGUCAAAGAUUUGGUGGUCAGUGGGGAGCUGGCGCCGGAGGAGGUGACCUUGAGCCUGCUACAAGACUGUCUGCGCAACAACACGGAGGCCAACGGGUUCAUCAUUCAGGGCUUCCCCCGGGACAUGGCGCAGGCCCAGGACUUUGAGGACAAGAUAAGCCGAGUGGAUGCGGUGUUCCUGCUGGACUGCGAGGAAGACAAACUGACGCAGAACGUGUUGAGCCGGGGAAAGGAGACCGGCCGAUUGGACGAUUCGCCCAGCGCCUUGGCCCGCAGAAUGGCCACGUUCAAGGAGAAGACACUGCCCGUCCUCAAACAUUACGACGACUCAGGGAAACUUUACAUUGUCGAUGGUGACCAAGAUGGUGAGACGACACACGACGAACUGUCCAUCAUAUUUGAGACCCUCCUGCAAAACUUAGAAAACGGCAGAAUCCCAUCCCCUCCCGCACAAGCCAGACCGGCAUCCGGCCGGAGAUCGCGACGGUCCACGCCGCCAGCUUCCUCCCAGAAUGCCUCAGCGCCCCCACUCUCCCCGGCCCCCGCCGCAGAACCUGACGUGACUCUGCAGCUGCCCACGCUAACGUUCAUCCCACCGCCGGAAAUCAAGAUCAAAGACGAAGGUCGUCGUGACGGACUUCCGCAAGCACCAGUCAUCUUCUUAGCCGGCGGUCCUGGCAGUGGGAAAGGCACGCAGUGUGAGAAGAUCACUGCUCGCUACCCCGACAUCGUGCACCUGUCCAUGGGAGACAUUCUACGCAAACAGAUCUCAGAACGAGGCUCGGCGGACGAGAAGUGGGGCAUGAUCACCAAGCUGUUGAAGGAGGGAGAGAUGGCGCCUGUGAUUGGCGGCCACACAUUCACCAUCUUGUUAGACUGUGAGGACCAGUACCUUCACGACCGACUGGUCAUACGAGGGGGCGGCGGCGAGGACCGCAUCGACGACAACGUACCGGCCAUCGAGAAAAAGCUGGCCUUCUUUGCCAGGAACACGCUGCCUUUGUUGAAAGCUUUGGACGACGAGCAGAAACUGAUUGUG